UCCUGCUGACACUCCCGCCUGUGGAGCCGAGACAACGGACAAAAACACCGACUACGGUCGGUCUCCGCCGUCCGUGAUCACACGUAUCCUCACCGGCCCGCUGCACUGGACAAAACUGUCCUGGCUCUUUAAAGGAGCUGCACGCUGCGUGCUCGGCGCAUGCGCAGUACGGGGAAGCAACAGCCCCUGUGAAAACAACAACAAUCCCUACAGCGGGGCCAGAAAAGAGAGAUGGCUCCCUGAAAGCCGCACACUUCUUGCUCGUAUCGUCGUCCCAAUCCCAGCCCAGCUGCUGCUAUUUCUACCGCAGCGUUACAUGUCGAGCCCAUGAACUUGGCCAGUCAAAGCGGGGAUGCUGGCGGAAGCCAGCUUCUCUUCGCCAACUUCAACCAGGACAACACGUCCUUAGCUGUUGGCACCAAAUCAGGGUACAAGUUCUUCUCCCUGUCCUCUGUGGACAAACUGGAGCAUAUUUAUGAAUGUCCGGACACGGAGGACGUGUGCAUCGUGGAGCGUCUCUUCUCCAGCAGCCUGGUGGCCAUCGUCAGCCUGAAGGCCCCCAGGAAGCUCAAAGUAUGCCACUUCAAGAAGGGAACCGAGAUCUGCAACUACUCCUACUCCAACACCAUCCUGGCCGUCAAGCUCAACCGACAGAGGCUGAUCGUGUGUCUGGAGGAGUCACUUUACAUUCACAACAUCCGAGACAUGAAGGUGCUGCACACCAUCAGAGAAACUCCGCCCAACCAUUCAGGAUUGUGCGCCCUUUCCAUCAGCAAUGAUAACUGUUACCUGGCGUACCCAGGCAGUGCCACGAUAGGAGAAGUCCAGGUGUUUGACACGGUCAACCUGCGAGCGGCUAACAUGAUUCCAGCCCACGACAACCCGUUAGCGGCGCUGGCUUUCGAUGCCAGUGGAACCAAGCUGGCCACGGCCUCGGAGAAGGGCACCGUCAUUCGUGUCUUCUCCAUCCCGGAGGGGCAGAAGCUCUUCGAGUUUCGAAGAGGAGUCAAGAGGUGUGUGAGCAUCUGCUCGUUGGCGUUCAGCAUGGAAGGCCUGUACCUGUCGGCCUCCAGCAACACGGAGACGGUCCACAUCUUCAAAUUAGAGACGCAGAAGGAGAAGUAUGUGCCAGCAGAGGAGCCCACCACAUGGGGAGGCUACCUGGGCAAGGUGCUGAUGGCGUCCACCACCUACCUGCCCUCUCAGGUUACGGAAAUGUUCACCCAGGGGCGAGCCUUCGCCACCGUGCGUCUGCCUUUCUGUGGACAUAAGAACAUCUGUGCCUUAGCUGUCAUCCAGAAGAUUCCUCGGUUGUUGGUGGCAGCGGCUGAUGGUUACCUGUAUCUGUACAACCUGGAUCCACAAGAGGGAGGGGAGUGCACACUUAUGAAGCAGCACAGGUUAGAUGGCAGGGCUGAGCCAGCCAAUGAGAUCCUGGAGCAGUCACAUGACCGCCCACUUGUGGCCCCGACCUACAGUGCCGCUGUCCCUAAAGGUUACUGUGAAGAGCAGGGCGCCGUGGGAGGGGCCGGGCUCGACGACGACCUCAACGACUUGUGCCUGGAGGAAGAGAACGAGCAGCCGCCGCUCAUCCUUGAAACUGACUGAGUUCGUACCAACCAAUCAGAGGGCUCCUCUGGUGCUGCUAUAUGAACAUAUGACACACGAGCCUGUCUGUCAGUCUGUUUGUCCAUUCACAUACAUGCCCCCCCCCCAUCUCACCCCUUCCUCCUCUUCCUCAGCUCCCCUUUUCUCUCGGUUUGCCUGCGCAGGCCAAACUGACGCUUUGCAUGUACAUGUGCCAACUGCUAAUAACAUGCUCCAGUGUGAGUGUGUGUGUGUGUGUGUUGAACAGUUGAUAAGAGAAAACAAAUGUAGCUGUGUCUUCACUUUAAGACACACGGACACGAGCCCUGCGUACCAUGAAGGUGUUUGUGUUAGUGCCUCUCUGCCCUGGCGCCGUGCUGAGGGGGAUCUCUUUGCAUUGGCUUAAUUAAAUCUAUUUUCAGUUGUCGGAUAUUUAUCGACGGUGUGUACCAUCUUCUUUUUUUCCCCCUCUUGCGCGUACAAGUGUAGCGUCGCUCAAGUUUAACCUCCAAAGAAUGAUUUGGAAGCCUUCGGCUGAGGUGUUUGCGUUUUUGAGAGUGCGCUCAUGCUGAGGCCUCGUUUGUGUGUGUGUGUGUGCUGGGCAUGUACGUAAGCAAAACACUUGAGUAAUUACCCUCCACUUGUCCCCCCCCCCCCCUCCUUCCUCUCCUCCCACUUUCACCUCAUCCAUACAGAGGCUCAGUGAACCUUGACCUCCUCUCCCUCCCAUUCUCAGGCCCGCAGUCAUUGUUUGAUUUUUUUUUUUUUUUACUCCGAUUCGAAACUGAUCUUUUCUUAAAUCUACGUAACCGAUCAUGGCCAACGAUGUGUCGUGCGUAAGAAAGCAUGCACGGUGUUGUUGACGUGGUACUUAGUCCAGACAUCGAAGACGAGUGUGUGUGGGUAGUGAGGACCAGUCGAGGGAGGAAGGAAGCGGCGCUCCGCGGCCGUCAGCGCUCCGUCGGGUUGUGACCGAAGAGCUUCGUCUCUCCGGGGUAGCGAGUGAACUGUGGGUUUUAGUUCUCUGGAUCUGGAGCUCGGGCCGAGCCUCACCGACUGGACCGGGAAGCUGCAUGAUUCCCCAUUUAAUCCUUUGGGUGUCUGAAGCCACGAAACGACGGGGGGGUCGGCGGGCAUUUUCUAAUGAUUUUGUACAAAAUGUGAAACGUUCAUCUGAAACUAAAAUGACAAAUAAAUUCCAUGUUGAUGUAUGAGA